AUGGCAAAGAAAACACUGGCAACCCCCUCCUACUUCCUUCCCCCUGAGUGUGUGGACCCUAAGUGUAUGAACCCUGAGUGUGUGACCCCCAAGUGUAUGGACCCUGAGUGUAUGGACCCAGAGUGUUUGAACCCUGAGUGUGUGGACCCUGAGUAUGUGAACCCCAAGUGUAUGGACCCCGAGUGUGUGGACCCCGAGUAUAUGGACCCCAAGUGUAUGAACCCUGAGUGUGUGAACCCUGAGUGUGUGAACCCCAAGUGUAUGGACCCCGAGUGUGUAGACCCUGAGUGUGUGAACCCUGAGUAUAUGGACCCCAAGUGUGUGAACCCUGAGUGUGUGGACCUGAAGUGUGUGAACCCUGAGUAUGUGAACCCUGGGUGUAUGAACCCCGAGAGAGGUCUGGAGUGA